UUGCAAUAAAAUUGACAGUUGACAACCAAAAAAAGGCGCCUUUGUCUUCAACUGUCUUUGCUGGCCACAGGAGACGCGCUUCAACUUUCUUUCAAACACACUUCGAUCUCUCCGCCACUAAUUUCUCUUCAUAUAUUUUCUCCGUUUCCUCAACAACUAAUAAUUAAACCCUAAUUCUCAUUGUUCUACGUUCCACAUUACUUAAACAUGUCUUCCGUUUCUCACUUCACUUCUUCCGGUGAAACAUCCACCGCCGCCGCGGUUAAUUCUUUUAACCGGAAUUCGAAUUGGAGGAAAUCAACGACCAGCACCUCUUCAAGGAUCUCAAUGCCGCCACAGAGUAGGAGAUUACGGUUAGGUAUGGGUAACUGUAGCACAUCCAAUGUAAGAAGUAGUGUAAUACGCAUGGCAUUGGUAGACGAGAGGAUUGCAUCAAAUGGCACUAAUGCAUCCGAACUUCCGUCACCUGUUGGUGUCCUGGCUUAUGAUCUUGUUCAAGGAGCACUUGUAAAAUGGAGUUCUGCCAUGGACAAGUCGAUGCCAGAUCCACCAACGGCUGUACUUCUACAUGGUAUUCUAGGUAGCCGGAAGAACUGGGGAACAUUUACUCGGAGAUUGGCAAGAGAGUUUCCUAUGUGGCAGUUUCUUUUGGUAGACUUGCGAUGCCAUGGUGAUUCAGCAGCAAUAGAUAAGAGGCGGCCACACACUGUUGCCUCAACAGCUUUGGAUGUUUUAAAGCUAGUAGCAAAGCUCAGAAUUACUCCCCGGGUUCUUAUAGGCCACAGCUUUGGUGGAAAAGUUGUCCUGAGCAUGGUGGAACAAGCUGCAAAGCCUCUAGCCCGACCAGUGAGAGCUUGGGUUUUAGAUGCAACUCCUGGAAAAGUUAGAGCUGGUGGAGAUGGGGAAGAUCAUCCAGCAGAAUUAAUAUCUUUCCUUAGUAAGCUUCCAAAGGAGGUCUCUUCUAAGCGAGAGGUUGUGAAUGCUCUUCUUCGAGAGGGGUUUUCUAAUGAUGUCGCGCAGUGGGUGAUAACUAACCUUCAACCAAAAAGUUUCCCGGGCUCAUCCUCAGGCUUCUCAUGGGUGUUUGACCUUGAGGGGAUUGCAGAAAUGUAUCAAUCUUAUGAAGAAACAAAUUUAUGGAACUUUGUCGAAAGUUUGCCACGAGGUGUACAUAUCAAUUUUCUAAAGGCGGAGAGGAGUUUGCACAGGUGGGCACUUAAAGAUCUGCAGCGCAUUCAUGCUGCGGAAGAUAUGGCUGCUGAGGAGGGAGGUGGAGUGGAAAUGCAUGUUCUUGAAGAUGCCGGUCACUGGGUACAUACGGAUAACCCAGAUGGACUCUUCAGAAUUCUUUCAUCUUCUUUUCAAGGUUUCGGAAGCUGAAGGUAGGUGAGACAUUUUGUAUGGUGGAGUACAAAUUGCACAAAAUGAAGCUGCACCAUUAGGAGUAGUUAAUUCUUUUUGCUUGAUUGCAUAUCCUUAGCAAAUCAUAUUUUAAUUACAUGUUACCAUGAGGAUAUCUUGCAUCCAGAAACCUGAAACUGCAAGAAUUUUAUUUGAGUAGGUUCUUCUGUAAUUUUGUAUCAUGAAAAUGGAGUGGGAAUUUCAAUUAGGGUCUGCUGGAUUCUUAUCAGAGUAUCAGUGUUAGAAGCUAUGAAAUAUUUAUGGUCUUUUGUGUAUAAUCAUCCUGUUAUAUAACUGUAUGUAUGUUUUAUC